AUGAUCCUCGACACGCUCAGCGUCCCGUACGAGAUCCUCGAGGCCAACAACCGCAUCGGUGGGCGCAUCUACACUUACCGCUUCAACGGCGAGGCAGGCAGGAAUGCACCGAUCGACGAUCCUGCUCGAUACGACUACGUGGAUAUCGGUGCCAUGCGCUUCCCAAAUAUCCCCUUCAUGAAGCGCGUCUUCGACCUCUUCGAGGAACUCGGCAUGACCGAAGAGAAUAGAAUGCUUGUCCCCUACCAGUAUUCCGCUGCGAACACCUUCGAGCUCUUCAACGGCUUCCGCCACAGCUCCGCUGACUCGGCCCCUGAAGACUUCGACAUAUUUGGCGUCUCCGAAACCAAAGGGGGGGCGGUUCCUGACGCGUUCGUCGCCCAAGGAGCGGACACCGUCGCGGCGGAGGUCUUCCUGCCGUACCGCGAUGCGUUCGAGAAACUGCCGUUCCCCGAGGCGUGGAAGCUGCUGACGGCGGAGGAUCCGUACUCUACGCGCGGGUACCUGCUCGCGAAGAAGGACUACCCCGAGACCGUGGUCGAAUGGCUCGAGACCUUCGAAUCUGCGACCGGGCUCUACAACAACGCCUUCGUGGAGAGUACGAUGGACGCCAUGGACUUCGGUUCGUCGUCAGCGACAACGGAUGCUGGGAUACGAGGAAAGGAUCUGGACUACCCGUGGUACUGCAUCGAUGGAGGCGCCGAUCACCUCACCACCAGGAUGGUGAACCGGAUCGACACCAAGCCUAUCACUGGGACACGCGUCACGAAGAUUGAGCGUACAGAGUCAGGAGAGAUGAAGGUGGUCUAUCGGACUCACGGUAAGUACUUGAUGACGUACUCGCAGGUCAUCUGCACAGUACCCCUCGGGUGUCUCGCAGCAAUCGACAUUCCCAAGGACGACCUCUCGUAUAUGCAGCGUUUGGCGAUCCGCUCCUUGAACUACGACACUUCGACCAAGAUCGCCCUCAAGUUCGAAUCGCGCUGGUGGGAGGAUCCGAAAGUCAUGGGCGAGGGUCGAACGAUCAAGGGUGGUAUCUCGUCUACCGACAUCCCGAUCCGCACCUGCGUCUACCCGUCGUACGGCUUCCACGCGACGGGGAAAGUUCCAGGUGUGAUGCUCGCGAGCUACACCUGGGCGCAGGACGCACAGCGUCUCGGCGGGCUCGCGCAGGGCAAGGGCACCGAGGCCGACGGGCUCCUCGUUGAGCUCACGCUGAACAACCUGUCGCAUCUGCACGGCGUGCCCAGGGAGAAGUUCGGUAAGCUCGUCGAUCACUACGCAUACAACUGGCACAACGACGAGAACGCCCGCGGCGCGUUUGCGUUGUUCGGACCCGGCCAAUUCGGUCAGCCGACGCGCAACAACAGCAUGUUCGCAAGCAUGAAGGCUCCUGCCGCGGACGGGAAGCUUCACGUCGCUGGCGAGGCGACGUCAGUCCACCAUGCGUGGGUGCUCGGAGCGCUGAACUCUGCGUGGAGGGCAGUGUACAACGCGCUCGGACAGCUCGAUCCGGAGGAGGCGGUGAAGAAGAGGAAGCUUUUGGUGGACCGUUGGGGUAUCCCAGACGAGGAAACAACCAAAAUGCUGGACCAUUUGGCUGUUCUUGCUCAGUACAAAGCAAUAUAA